AUGUGGUCCACUGAGAGCAUGGAGCCCGAGACAGCACACACCCAGAGCAGCUUCUUCACCAAGGUGGACGUGCCGGACCAUGUUCACUACAUCGUCGCCCUGUUCGUCUUCGUCAUCGGGGUGCUGGGCAUCACUGGCAACGCACUGGUUAUGUUCGCCUUCUACAGUAACAAGAAGCUCCGUAAUCUGCCGAACUACUUCAUCAUGAACCUGGCGGUCAGCGAUUUCCUCAUGGCGUUCACACAGUCCCCGAUCUUCUUCAUCAACUGUCUCUACAAAGAAUGGGCAUUUGGAGAGAUGGGCUGUAAGAUGUAUGCAUUCUGCGGGGCCUUGUUUGGCAUCGCCUCCAUGAUAAACCUGCUGGCCAUCUCCAUCGAUCGCUACCUGGUCAUAACCAAGCCUCUGCGGGCCAUGCACUGGAGCUCCAAACGUAGAACCACGCUGGCCAUCAUCCUGGUCUGGCUGUACUCUUUGGCUUGGAGUCUGGCGCCUUUAGUCGGCUGGAGCUCCUACAUCCCAGAGGGCCUGAUGACAUCAUGUACAUGGGAUUAUGUCACGUACACCUUGGCCAAUAGGAGCUACACCAUGAUGCUGUGCUGCUUUGUUUUCUUCAUCCCACUAGGAGUCAUCUUUUACUGCUAUCUUUUCAUGUUUCUGGCAAUACGCAAAACAAGCAGGGAAGUGGAGCGACUUGGAACUCAGGUGAGGAAAUCCACUCUGAUCCAGCAGAAGUCUAUCAAGAGCGAGUGGAAGUUGGCAAAGAUUGCCUUUGUCGUCAUUGUGGUUUAUGUCCUCUCCUGGUCGCCGUAUGCCUGUGUGACAAUGAUUUCCUGGUCCGGGCAUGCCAACAUCCUGUCCCCGUACUCCAAAGCAGUACCUGCGAUCAUAGCAAAAGCCUCCACUAUCUACAACCCGUUCAUCUACGCUAUCAUACACAACAAAUACAGGAUGACUCUGGCAGACAAGUUUCCCUGCCUGUCGUUCCUGUCCCCUGCUCCUCGAAAGGACUGCGUCUCCUCCUCCAUAAGUGAGUCCUCUUACAGGGACUCCAUCAUCAGCAGACAGUCCAUAUCAUCCAGGACUUUCUUUAAAACCGGCUCCUCAAACUGCUCACCUGCGAUGACAUUAAGGGAUGUAGAGAUGGAAUCUCUGGGAAGAAAGUCGUGUGAUUCCUUCAGAAGCAUGUCGUCGUACAAUCAGUCUGUUCGAGGCAGGUCCUCCAGGAGGCGAUCGCCAAAGACCUCCAAGACCUACAAGACCAAAGUAGUCGAGAAGCAUCCAUCCACCAUGUGUGAUCCAUCGAGCACCUGCGAGCAUGAACUGGUUUCCAGCUCUCUCACCAUCGCCACUGUCCCCCUGCUAGUUGUUGCCAGGAGGCGCAGCCAGAGUCUGACCAACGACGUGUCAGAAGCAGGGGAGGAGAAAUGCAGCAUGGGCGACAAGCGGAGCUGCCACCACAAGAGCAGCUCUUUCGACUCGCUGAGUGUCGGGAGGAUAUUGUCCGCUGAUCCCAGGUCGCCUCACGGCGUGCCACGCAUCAUCGUCAUCAGUCCCACAUCGGAAAGCAGCCUCAUGAAGCAGGACAGUGUCUGCUUGGAGGACAACAUCGAGGGAAUAGCGAACAAUGUUUUUGUCAGCAUGGACUUCUCCUCAGAAGUCCUUGAGGCAGUCGAGCUUAUCGCUUGA